AUGGACCACUAUGUCGUCGCGCCAGAAAACGUAAGUGGAUCAAAAGCAAGGGCUGAUGAUCCCAUACCACUAGUGAUCGUGGAAGGAUUCCUAGGCAGCGCAGGCGCUGCUAUGGGGAGCAAGUGCGCAGAAUACCUUAACAAGGGAAGUAAGAAUCCCAGUCGAAGAAUUUUGUUUGCCAGUGUCGGGCCAGUAAGUUCUUUGCAUGACAGGGCAUGCGAGUUAUUCUACGCACUGCUCGGUGGUACAGUUGACUACGGAGAAGACCAUGCCGAAGCUUACGGUCACCAGCGGUAUGGUCGGGUUGUAGAGGUCGCUCUAUACCCUUCCUGGUCGCUCGAUAACCCGUUGCAUUUUUUGGGACAUUCUAUGGGAGGGCCUACCAUCGUCAAGUUGCAGUCGCUCAUGGCGGCAGGCUUCUUCGGAGACCGUGGACACCCUGACAUGGUGCUUUCCUUAACAGCUGUCUCUUCGCCGUUUCGAGGAACUCAAUUGGUGUACGCUCUGGGAGAACGUACCGACUCACCGCCUGCUGUCCGCCCGUUCUCAGCUGGUGAUAUUUUAUCUAAACUUAUUCAUAUCCUAUCCUAUCUGUCUCCUCUCCUUCCUGCAGCACUGGAUUUGCAUGCUGAAUCACGCCGUCUGUCAUAUCGGGACGCGUCUCUUCCUUCUCUGUGGCAACAGCUCUGCAAAAGCGACUGGGCACAGAGCCGGGAUGCUACUCCAUACGAUGCGACUUUCCAGGCAGCGGAAGAACGGGAAAUGAUUGGGGAAGGUCAACCCCAUCAAAGGACGUUCUAUAGGUCAUACGCUGCUUCCUUGCGCCACACAGAACGAGACAGAUCUUACAGAGCUUCUAUUGUGAACAUUAUUUCGCCUCUGUACUAUUCGUCUCUCGUUGUGUCGUCGUUCAACUUUUCGGUGCUCCAACCUACUCCAGCGAUAGUCGCUUCAGUGUCUAGUUCCGGUAGACGUGAUACAGACUCCGGGUGUCCCAGCUCGUCCCCCGGAAAUGACAGCACCGGUUGUGAGCACUUUUAUUGGGAAAACGAUGGCGUUGUCCCUGUAUUUUCGCAGUUUCAUCCAUUCGGAUGCAGGCAUGGACAAAUAUUGAAUGUCUUACACCAGUACCGCAUUCUGUCGGACAUCAUUCGAAGAGGAUACAUAGCGAUAGGCCAGUACCCUGGCAUCUGGUGUGUGUAUGCAUUAGAAAAUGCGAGUCAUUUUUCUAUCGCUCCUUUUUGGUGGGGUUCUAGACGGCAGAGAGCGUUUUGGCUGGAGCUGGGAAAUUGGUUGCGGGCAAUUGACGACCAGUGA